AUGGGUCUCUUCGAGAAGUUACAAGCAAAAAUCGAACUUUAUCGCCUAGAGCAGCGCUAUGCUCGUCGCAAACAUCGCAGCACAUUCUCAGGUGUCCAGUACGUCGACGGUGAAUAUGUAUACACCAACGGAUCGAACUCGCCAGGGUCCGUCUCCAAGCACUCCACAGGCAGUUACUGGAAAUCCCCUACGUGGGGCGUAUCAUCCAGCGAUUCCCGUUGUCGGUGA